AGAAUGGCGAAGGAUGGUGAAGAUUCACACGAAUUACAAACGACGAAUUUGAAAAAUUGAGGCUAAACUUUUCAAUAUGCGCAAACAGUGACUGAGCUCCUUUAAACGCCGACAACACGCAUUCUCUUAUAAGGCAUCAGGAUGAUUGCUUUGUUUUUCUUGUUGAACUCGGGUUCCAUCGUUGAACAUCCUGUGUUCUCACUGACUCGUCUUGAUGGACAAUUUGAUGCACGACCAAUUAAUGGCAGGAAGAAGAAAAUUUAGCGACUGUUUAUCAUGCUUGAAAAAGAUUUAAAAACAAUCCAGCCAGCUACCACUACUCCAUCUGUUGCAGCAUUGAUGUCAUAGGAUAAUGUCUGUCUCCAGUUCAAUUCAUUGACGUUAAGGUCAAUAAUCCCAAAAUGGUAAAAAUUUUCAAAUGUUGGGAAAAAUAAUUUUCGGUAAGUUUAGACAUAGUAUGAUCAAUAUCACUUUGUUUUUUUUUUCCGUAUUUGCGGGCUAUUUUGGUCGAUUUUCAAAGUUUUUGAAAGCCAUAGACUUGGUUACCAUGGAAACUGUAUUGUUUUUUUUUUCCGCUUUCCGUUUUCAAGGUUUCUGUCCACUAAGAAACCUAAUAUCUUAAAAAGUAUUUUAGAUAAUCCAAUGAAAUUUUCCCAGUGCUUUUAGGUGUGUAAAAGCUGUGCAAUGACCCACUUUUACGAGAUUUUGACUAGUACUUCAAGUGGAAGUUCAUUUUACCUGGUCAGAGUUUACGCUCAUUUUGUUCACUUUCUUCUUGCAUAUAUAAACACUGAUUGGUUGUGUAUAUUCCCCUCAAAGUGGGUCAUUGCAUAGCUUUAUAUAAGAUGAUAAUGCCUGCCAAGUUUCAGCUCUUUAUCUUUCUUCACUUCAGAAAAAUGAAACGUAAACCCAGCUUUGAAAAGCCCCAAAUUGGGUGUGGUUCAAUUUAUGGUUGCGGUUGCUUAGGAAAUUAAGGAAUUCAACUUUGAGAAUUAGAAACUUCAAGAAGUGUUGUAUCUGGUGUUGUAACAAACGUUUCAGUAAUGGGUACACAAGUUUCGUAGAAAAUGUCUUACAAAUAGCCAUUUUGGGACUAUUGAGCCACCUUAAAUUAAAUUAAGAUAUAAAAUCGUGUUCAUUGCGUGGCUUUGUUAUGUCACGUUACAAUAUAACCUGACAAUAUAAUUGCCGUCAUAGGAUGGUGUCUGCUUCCAGUUUAGUUCAUUGACGUUAAGAUGUGAAAUGAAAAGCAAUUUGUGACGCAAGCUGAUAGGUCGCUUCAUUUUGUUGAGCUACGCACGAAAUAAGAAACCCUAACUAUUGGUGCAAAUAAGCAUCAGACAGCUGCAACAAAGAUCUGCCAAUCCUUAAACAUGUCGUGGAAAUUUUCUAAUCGAUCAUCCUUUCCGCGCGAAUGACGACAACAAGCCGAAUAGAGAUCCUGCCUUCGCUAGAAAAUAAAUAGAGUGACUUUGCUAAGAGAACAAACCAGAAGAAAACUAAUUUGUGAGCAUAAAAGUGGAAAAAGAAACCGAACGGCAAUGUCGGAAAACGUGAGUACAACGAUGAAUGGAACACAGCCAUCGAGCUGCUACUGGAAUCCUACAGCACAAAAAAUUGGAUUGACCUUCGCUUACUGCCUGGUCUUUAUUGUUUCGUUGGCAGCGAACAGCGUCAUCGGAAUAAUUGUCUACAAGACGCAAACCAUGAGAAAACCCAUCAACUUUUUCAUUAUAAACGUGGCCGUGUCCGAUCUGCUGUUUUCGAUUUUCUUCAUCCCUCAGGAGAUACAAAGGCUCUAUAUGAACUCCUGGCUGAUCGGUGGUCCCCUUGGCCAGGCCUUAUGUAAGAUGGAUGGCUUCAUAUUAGAAAUCUCCGCUGCUGUGUCUGUUCAGAGCCUGGUUCUGAUAGCAGUCGAUCGAUUUGGUGCUGUGGUAUAUCCCCUCCGUUCCCCACUCAUCAGUUCAAAACUGUGCCCGUUCUUCAUUCUCGCCACUUGGAUCGUCGCGAUCGCUUUCCAAUCCCCAAAGCUCUUCGUCCACGAACUUGUUGAAUAUCCCGGGGAACUGGUUUGUGAGCGGCAUUGGAAUGAAGUCUUUAGAGAGUCCUCAUCCUCUGAGAAUUACAUCGCGUCCUAUAUAGUUGUAUUCAAGUUUAUCCCGUUGGUGUUGAUAGCCAUACUUUACACUAUCAUCUAUCUAAAGCUCAAGUCGCAGAAGAUUCCAGGCGAGCAAUCGGCCAACGCUAGACAACAACGUCAGCAAAGGGAGCGAAAUGUGUUAAAGAUGGCCAUUGCUAUUGUGGUAGGGUUUCCAGUACGCUGGCUGCCCUUCGCUAUCGGCUGGAUUAUUACCUCCUUUACGACCACCAACCCCCUGGCGAAUUGUGGCUUCCUACACUUUGUCUGUGCGGCUCAUUUCAUAGCUCUAGCAAAUUGUGCCAUAAAUCCUUGUAUCUGUUUUAUUUUCAGCGGAAAUUAUCGUAAAGAACUUAAGGCUCUCGUUAGAUAAAUGAUUUCGACCUGCGCAAUAGCUGAUGAUACUUAUGUGCAGUAAAGAGGUCCAGUCGACCUAAAACUUGUAAAAAACGUUGAUUUAAAACUGCCUUUUAUUCGAUUCAAUGUACACUAUGGCUUGAAGAAACUUUGCAGAACAGUUUUAAACCUUUCAGUCUUUCAGUCUUUGAGUUUGC